UGCCUGACUGCAGAGCUGCAGGAGGUUGUGUCUGCGCUGGCCUGAGCCUCUCCCUCAGGCCCUGCCCAUGGCGGGAGAGAAGCCAGGCCCCUCCAAGUCAGGAAGCACUUCAGAGGCUGAGCUGUCCCUUCCUGCCUGAGGCCUCAGUCUCCCCAUCUGUCAUCAGAGGCCUGGGCUACAAGGUCUCUGGCCUCAGCUCCUCUGUCCCCCUACUCUGGAGCCCAGAGCCUGGCCCAGGUCCAAGUCCUGUUUCUAGAAGUGCCUGCCCGCUGGUGGUAGUGCAACAUGAGAAGGGGUGGGGAUGGGGGCUAGUUAUGGGCUAAAGGGGCUGUUUCUGAUGGACUUUGGCUGUCUGCCUUCCAGGGGAAUGUGGUCCACUUUUGGAAUGGAAUGGAAUGAGGAAUUCAGACUAAUGGAGGAGACCAAGCUGCUCCAGGAGGCUGCAAAUCCGUACAACCUGCAGCGCAAGGAGCAGUUUGAGGCCUGGUUCCAGGCCAUGGAGCCCCUUAGCGAGGAUGAGCGCUACAGCCUGUCCUGCCAGCUGAGCCCCGGUUCCAGUGGGCCAGAUAGAUUCAGCUCUUCUUCAAGGACGAGAAGAACCGGUCAUCUUCCCGCUCAGGGCUGGGUGAGUGUCCGGACCAGCAGUGGCUGAAUCCAGGGGUUCAGUAAAGAUUCAGGCAAAGUGUGGGCCUGGGGAGUCGGACAGCUGGUGCUGGGGUCCCAGCUCCACUGCUGAGCAGUCCUGUCAUGGGCGAUUCCCCUCACCUUUCUGGGACUGGUUUCCUCCUCUGUGAAGUGGGUGAUACUAAGUGACAGCUCCCAUGUCAGGGACAAAUGGGGUGCUGUUGGCUGACUGAGCACUCAGCACAGGGACUGGAGCACAGAGUGCAGUGGGGGCAGGGAGGGGAGGGUGGGCUGUGAUUCUGGGGGAGGCCCCCAAGGUAAUGCCUCUGUUUAUCCAGACACGAGGCCCCCAACAAGGAGCCCGGUGGCAGUGGCAGAUGACCCUCCUGGGACCAGUGGAACUACACCCUCUUCCUCAGCAGUGGGGACGCAGCUGGGACACUCAGGGUCCACUGGGCCACCUCCUCCCAUUCUGAUGACAAGGAGAACUUCGUGAUCAUUUUCCUGGGGUCCU